CAAAGGGUAACACCCCUGGAUCAUCGAGACUGAGACUUUAUAUCCCCAUUAGGCUGAGGCUUGCUCUUUUGGGGCGCAGACCACAGGUAUUCGGCAGCAGCCGGAGUGGCUGCCCAUUGCAGACUACGUCUACCAUGAGGCCAUGCGCACUAUAACAGGUUAUCCCGGGUGGCGCCUAAGCAUUGUGGGAUUGGAUGAGUCUCAAAAUGGACAACCGGGAUGUUGCAGGAAAGGCAAACCGGUGGUUUGGGGUUGCUCCCCCCAAGUCUGGAAAGAUGAACAUGAACAUCCUUCACCAAGAAGAGCUCAUUGCUCAGAAGAAACGGGAAAUUGAAGCCAAAAUGGAGCAGAAAGCCAAGCAGAAUCAGGUGGCCAGCCCUCAGCCCCCGCACCCUGGCGAAAUUGCAAACGCACACAACUCCAGCAUCUCCAACAAGUUUGCCAACGACGGUAGCUUCUUGCAGCAGUUUUUGAAAUUGCAGAAGGCACAGACCAGCACAGAUCCACCCCCCAGCGCCACCCCUAGCAUGCCCAUCCCCAGUGCCAGCGCCAGCGCCGGGAAGAGGCCCCUCCUGCUCAGCAAGCGGGCGGGCCUGGGGCUGGGCAGCCCCCUGGGCCAGGUGAAGAACUACUCUCACGCCAAGCAGCUGCCGGUGGCACAGCGCCCAAGCGUCUUCCAGGCCCCCGACGAGGAUGAGGAGGAAGACUACGAGCAGUGGCUGGAGAUCAAAGUUUCACCCCCAGAGGGAGCCGAGACUCGGAAAGUGAUAGAGAAAUUGGCCCGCUUUGUGGCAGAAGGAGGCCCCGAGUUAGAGAAAGUAGCUAUGGAGGACUACAAGGAUAACCCAGCAUUUUCGUCGCUGUGGCUCCGGGUGCUUCUGCAUGGGAGAAACUGCCUGAUGGGGAAACCCGCCCCGAAGUUCACCUUCCACCCCGCCGCAAAUCUCUUCCUCUCCAGAUUUUUGCACGAUAAGAAUAGCAGAGAAUUCCUCUACUACAGAAAGAAGGUGGCUGAAAUAAGAAAGGAAGCACAGAAGUUACAGGCAGCCCCUCAGAAAGUUUCACCCCCAGAGGAUGAAGAGGUCAAGAACCUCGCAGAAAAGCUGGCCAGGUUCAUAGCAGAUGGGGGCCCUGAGGUGGAAACCAUCGCCCUCCAGAACAACCGCGAGAACCAGGCCUUCAGCUUUCUGUACGAACCCAACAGUCACGGGUACAGAUACUACCGGCAGAAGCUGGAGGAGUUCCGGAGAGCCAAGGCUGGCUCCCCUGGCACCCUCUCAGCACCCGACCUCGGCCCGAAGCGCAAGUCCCCUCCCGAUGCCCUGGCGAGGCCCUUGUCCCCAGCCACCACCUGCCCUGCCUCCGCCAGCCCCGUGCCUGCCGUGCUCCCUGCCCCAGCUGUCACUGGGAAGCCAACCUCAGCCUCCACAGCCACUGCCAAGCGGAAGCGGAAGAGCCGGUGGGGCCCCGAAGAAGACAAGGUGGAGCUGCCGCCCGCUGAGCUGGUACAGAAGGACGUGGACGCCUCUCCCACACCCCUGUCAGUGCAGGACCUCAAGGGGCUUGGCUAUGAGAAGGGGAAGCCCGUGGGCCUGGUGGGUGUCACAGAGCUGUCAGACGCCCAGAAGAAGCAGCUGAAGGAGCAGCAGGAGAUGCAGCAGAUGUAUGACAUGAUCAUGCAGCACAAGCGUGCCAUGCAGGACAUGCAGCUGCUGUGGGAGAAGGCACUGCAGCAGCACCAGCAUGGCUACGACAGCGAUGAGGAGGUGGACAGCGAGCUGGGCACCUGGGAGCACCAGCUGCGGCGCAUGGAAAUGGACAAGACACGGGAGUGGGCCGAGCAGCUGACGAAGAUGGGUCGGGGCAAGCACUUCAUUGGGGACUUCCUGCCCCCUGAUGAGCUGGAGAAGUUCAUGGAGACAUUCAAGGCCCUCAAGGAGGGCCGGGAGCCCGACUACUCAGAGUACAAGGAGUUCAAGCUGACAGUGGAGAACAUCGGCUACCAGAUGCUCAUGAAGAUGGGCUGGAAGGAGGGCGAGGGGCUGGGCUCCGAGGGCCAGGGCAUCAAGAACCCCGUGAACAAGGGCACCACUGCAGUGGACGGCGCCGGCUUUGGCAUCGACCGGCCGGCGGAGCUCUCCAAGGAAGACGACGAGUAUGAGGCCUUCCGCAAGAGGAUGAUGCUGGCCUACCGCUUCCGGCCCAACCCCCUGAACAACCCCAGGCGGCCCUACUACUGACCGAGCGGACGACACAGCCUGUUCCCAGUGACCAGCCCGCCCUGUGGAGCAGCUGGCCAGCGUUUCCUCCUGCCUCUCGGUGUCACCAGUUCCGUUCUGUGUAUUAAAGUCCCAGUGCUCACCCACCCCA